GCGUCGCUGCGCUGGGGAAAGGGCUUGCGGGGAGCUGGGGUGCGCGGGGCAAACGCGACCCAGCACCGACACCAGCGGCUCCGUGCACUGCUGGGCGCACAGGCUGAGCCCGCUCGGUGCUGAGCGGCGCUGAGGUCGCGGGGGCUGGUGAUGCCCUCACCACUCCAUGGCAAAGCCAAGGAUGUGUGACCGCAAUGGUGGGCGGCGGCUCCGGCAGUGGCUGAUCGAGCAGAUUGACAGUGAGCUGUACCCUGGGCUCAUCUGGGAGAAUGAGGAGAAAACCAUGUUCCGCAUCCCCUGGAAACAUGCCGGGAAGCAGGACUACAACCAGGAGGUGGAUGCCUCUAUUUUCAAGGCUUGGGCUGUUUUCAAAGGCAAGUUCAAAGAAGGUGACAAAGCAGAGCCGGCCACAUGGAAGACACGACUGCGCUGUGCCUUGAACAAGAGCCCUGACUUUGAGGAGGUGACGGACAGGUCUCAGCUCGACAUUUCUGAGCCCUACAAGGUCUACAGGAUUGUGCCGGAGGAGGAACAGAAAUGCAAAGCAAGCAUUGCCAAUGGGAGCAGUCUGAAUGAUGUCACAGAGAUGGAUUGCAGUUCUUCUGCAAUUGAUGACCUCAUUAAAGAGCCACCCUGUGUAGAUGAAUACCUGGGGAUCAUCAAGAGAAGCCCCUCGCCCCCCCAGGAGACCUGCAGGAACCCACCAAUACCCGACUGGUGGAUGCAGCAGCCCAGCCCCUCGUUGCCCCUGAUGAAUGGGUACUCUGGCUAUGAGCAGCAUCAUUCAGGUUACUCCCAGAUGGUGAUCAGCUUCUACUACGGUGGGAGGCUGGUGGGCCAUGUCACAACCUCAUACACUGAGGGCUGUCGGAUCUCACUCAACCAACCCUCCAGCCAUGGUGAGAAGCUCUACACCCCAGAUGCCCUGGAGCAUGUGCGGUUCCCCUCCGCUGACACCAUCCAGAAUGACCGCCAGAAGCAGAUCACCAGGAAACUCUUUGGGCACCUGGAAAGGGGCGUCCUGCUGCACAGCAACAAGCAGGGCAUCUUCAUCAAGAGGCUGUGCCAGGGCAGGGUCUUCUGGAGUGGGAACACCAUGGUCUACAAGGACAGGCCCAACAAACUGGACCGGGAUGAGGUGGUGAAGAUAUUUGACACCAACUUGUUCUUCAGAGAGCUGCAGCAGUAUUACAACAACCAGGGCCGCUUCCCGGACAGCAGAGUCAUGCUAUGUUUUGGAGAAGAGUUCCCAGAUGCGGUGCCACUGCGGUGUAAACUCAUCCUUGUCCAGGUGGAGCAGCUGUGUGUCAGGCAGGUGGUGGAGGAGGCUGGGAAGACCUGCAGCAGCAGCCCCAUGCUCCCCAUAGCUGAUGAGACACAGCAUGACCAAGUGUACAGGAUCUUCCAAGACAUCUGCACAACACACCAGCGACCGCUCUUCAGAGAAAACCAACAGAUUGCUGUCUGAGCCUUCUUCCCUGCAGACAUACUGUGGUGGUCUGGGUUCAUCUAGACCCCAUUUGGUCCCCUUAGUGCCUAACCUCCUCUUUUGGAAACUUGGUUUUUGUUCUUUGCCGUUUCCAGUCCAUAAUACAACAGUAAAAAUUGCUGUAAGAAAGUAGAUUGGAUGCUUGGUGUCUAUCUCAUAGACACUUAACUGAUAAAAAUGACUUUUGUAUCAAGCGGGGUAGUCCAUGUACUGUUGUCUAUAGCUAAUGAUGAGGAGGAGGAGGCAGCAUCUGAGCUGUGCAGGAAGGUUAGGGCUGGCAGUACUUUGUGUUGCCUUUGUUAACGGCCAAUCAAGCAGAACCAAAAAUCAACAGCUGUUACCAAUCUGCUCCAGUGGUCUGCAACUCAGACCUUGCUGACAAUAGCGAUUUGGUAGGCAGUGACUCUUGAAAAAUCCUCAAAAUGCGCAAAUGUAGGACAGAUACUUUCCAGAAAUCAGGGUUUUUCCCUGCUGAGGGAAGACAGAGUAUGUCUUCCAAGGGCAACCUUCUCAAAUGCCUCUUUAUUUUUGUGAUGGGGUUUAUAUGUUUAUCUGUAAUACCAAAGUAUUUUGAAAUUUGGAAACCAAUGCAGACAUUAUAUAUGUAAAUGUUGAAUAUAAGAACUUAGGAAUCUUAAUUUUUCCUAACCAGAACCAGAGUUUAUAUAAAUACAUAUCUUUAAUUUUAAAGAUUGCAGCAUAGUGUGAAUAGGUUGGCUUCACCCUUCCAAAUGCAUGUGUUGGUCUCUCCCAAGCGUGACCAGGCAGCGGCAUCCAUGUGUAAAUCCUCGCGAAUAUGCUUUAUGUGUGCACCCAGCACUGGGGAGCUGCUUGGGCCUUGCAGCUGACACAAACCAGGACAACACAUGUGUGCAUACUGCUAAGCUGCCUAUUUAUUUUAUGCCUUAGGUUUGUUAAAUCUUUUUUGUAAUUUUUUUUUUACUUUCCUGCAAUUAAA